CUCCUUAAAGUCCUGAAGCUGGUCUGAGGUCACAGGCUCAGGAUCCUUGUGUUCCUGAUAAGUGCUAUGUGGCCCCGCAGAGAGGAUCUAACAACCUGAUCUCUCAGGGUUUCUUCCCAGAGGCUCCUGGAUAGGGUACACACUUGGCCCCCUCCUGACAGGCAUGGGGUUCUGGGUACCAAAGAGAUUGAGGGGGACUGCCAGUGGACAGACAUGGAGCUGCUCUGGAUGCCCUUGCUGCUGGUGGCUUCUUGUGUCUCUAUUGUGCAGGGCUCACCGGGGAUGAGUGCCAAGGAGGCCGCCAUGGACAUCCCCAAACCCCUGCACAUCGUGGAGGAUCACAACCUGCUGGUGCUGACGUCUGCGGGCCUGACUCAGAUGUUGAACCAGACCCGCUUCCUCAUGGUGCUUUUCCACAACCCAUCCUCCAAGCGAUCCAGGAAUAUGGCCGAGGAGCUGGGCAAAGCCAUGGAGAUCAUGGGCAAAGGCAAGAAUGGGAUUGGCUUCGGCAAGGUGGACAUCACUAUUGAGAAGGAGCUUCAGGAGGAAUUUAACGUUAAGAAGGCCCCAGAAUUGAAGCUGUUUUUUGAGGGCAACCGGUCUGAGCCCAUCAGCUGCAAAGGUGUGGUUGAAUCGACGGCCUUGGUGGUUUGGUUGAGAAGACAAAUCAGCCAGAAAGCGUCUGUGUUCACGGACAGCCAGCAGGUGGCAGAGUUUGUGAAAUCCAGGCCUUUGGUCAUCGUGGGCUUCUUCCAGGAUUUAGAGGAAGAAAUUGCAGAAUUGUUCUUUGAGGUGAUCAAAGACUUCCCAGAGCUGACUUUUGGAGCCAUUUCCAUUCCCAAUGCCCAUGGCCGUUUCCACGUCAUCCUCGACAGUGUCCUGGUGUUCAAAAAGGGAAAGGUUGUGAACCGCCAAGAGCUUAUUAACGACAAUACCAAUGAGCAAACCCUCAAGCACGUCGUCAUACAGCAACUCACAGAUUUUGUUAUUGAGUACAACUUUGAGAAUAAGGAUUUGAUUUACGAAUUGAACAUCCUGAAUCACAUGCUGCUCUUUGCCUCUAAAAGCUCGGAGUCAUUUGAGCUCAUAAUUCAACAUUACAGGUUGGCAUCAAAGGACUUCCAAAACAAGAUCCUUUUCAUCCUUGUGGACACUGAUGAUCCCAGAAACGGACGUAUUUUUGAGUAUUUCCGGGUCACUGAAGUGGAUAUCCCAUCUGUCCAAAUCCUCAACUUGACUUCUGACGUGAGGUACAAAAUGCCUGCAGAAGAGAUAACUUAUGAAAACCUCAAGAAAUUCAGCACCAGCUUCUUGAGUAGCAAAGCGAAGAAACACCAAUCCAGCGAAGAGAUCCCAGAAUAUUGGGACCAGGGCCCAGUGAAACAGCUUGUGGGAAAGAACUUCAACCGAGUUGUCUUUGACAAGAAGAAGGAUGUGUUUGUGAUGUUCUAUGCACCCUGGUCUGAAAAGUGCAAGGCACUCUAUCCACUGUUGGAAGAGUUGGGCAGAAAGUAUCAAAAUCACUCCACACUCACCAUCGCCAGGAUUGACAUCAUGGCAAAUGACAUUCAGCUGAUGUACCUGGACCGGUACCCAUUCUUCAGGUUCUUUCCUCUCGACUCUGAACAGGCUGUAGUCUACAAGGGAGAACAUACCCUGGUGGCCUUUUCGGAUUUCCUGGAAAGACAAAUCAAGGCCCGGGCUGAGGAAGAGGACAAGGUCUUUUCCAUUGAGAAAAGUGAGCUGACAGAAGAGACAGUAUUGGCUGAGGAAGAGGAGAACCCUUCUGAAGAGAAGAUGCUGCCCGCGCAUAAGUUGGUGGAAUUGGAAGAGCUAGUUAGGCAGAAGGGACCCAUGGAGCAAAAGGAGGUGGGACUUCCUACGCCACUGGUUCCUCCCACACAAGAAAAGACAGUAGGUGUCAAAGAGGAGCUUUAGCUUUCCUUAAGCCAGGUGCCCAUCUUCCAGGUCCCUGAUCUCCUUAAAUAAAAUGAUGUAUUAUUGAAGUGGUGUGGGUGGGAACUGGAUAAUAAAGCCCCUGAAAGUCUUUCA